AUGGCGAUCCAAAAGAAGAAGCGCCAAAGGAUGACGCCUAACAUCGCGAGGAAGCGACAACAACUUGCGAGACCGUCCCAUUUCCUCAGCCUUCCCGCGGAGCUUCGUAACAAGAUAUACGAGUUUGCGUUGAGCGCAACCAGCGACCUGCUGGUCAAAAUGGUCCGGGGUACAUCAAGAAGGAGCAAGAAACCCAGGUUGACUGAUUACGACACUCCAGAGCAAGAGUUCAACCAGAUCAAAUUUGUCAACCGCCAGCUAUACGCAGAGACAGCUGGCAUGGAGGUUUCGUUCAACAGGAUUCGCUGUGGUAUACAAGUCGGCGUCAAGUCAUACAGGCCGAUCCAUCGAUUUCGUCAGUUCGUCAAAGAGUGUGCACCAGGCAAGUGGAAGUGGCUUAGGCACAUUGUACUUGGACCGCCCUUCUCACCAAAGGAUGAAGACGUAUUUGGUUGGAUGUACAAUAACAGACAUCAUGUCAUCGCUUUGAUCAACCUCUGUAUCGCCAACCCGCACUUGACCCUACACCUCCAUAUCCCUGGCUGGCCCGACUACAUGAGCGGACCCCACAACGCCUAUCGACUUGUAUUUAUGGGUGCAGUUUUCGAGCGCCUCUUCCGGGACAGAGACUUGACGGACAUGAUCCCGGAGUCAAAGGACAGGACCCUCGACGAGAUUGACAGUUCGUACAUCUAUCCGUUGUUGAAAGGCGAUGUCGAACAGGUCAAGACUCUAGGCCCUCUCGCUCCUAACCUGAGAUUCCACCCGAUAGCGUUCGUGAUUGACGAAGAACAGUUCCGACAGGAAGCGUUCGCUUCAUGGCAGCAUUAUGCCAUCGAUCCGCAGGUCUUACCACACGACGCGAUCGACAACUGGGUCAGAUAUGUGAGGAAAUGGUUCUUAGAAGGAAUUUAA